ACCAAGCCGGAAGCAAAACAAACAGCAGAGCGCAGGCGCAGCAGCAGCCUGAGCUCGCGCUGCGGAGGGACCAAAAAACCAAACUUUAUUUCACUUUAUUUUAAAACUUUUAUUUUAACUAUUAAUCCUUUUUUUCCCGGGAAACUGACGUCAGACAGGUGAACACCGGCACGGGACGCUGCGGAGCGCGAGACCUGCUGCUCGUGCAACGCGGAAGUUGGUCAGACAGUGAUGAAGAGGAGCCGGGUGUUGGCGGUGCUGGUGGGCGGAGUCUUCUGCGUGGCGGUGAUGUCACUGUACCGCAUGCUGGAGCUGAUGCAGGGGGCGGAGCUUCAGUACCGGGGGGCGCCACCUGCUGGACAGGUGGACGACGAUUUGUCCCGCCUCCAGCAGAAGAUUGACAGGUUGGAGCGUCUCCUUAGCGACAACAACCGGCUUGUUGCUACGCUGCGGGACUCUCUGCUUCACCGCAAAGCAUCAUGGGAAACAGGAGGAGGAGGGGGAGGGGGAGGGGUCAAUGUGAGCUCAGACUCCGCCCACAGCCGGACCGACCCGCUGCCUGGCUGCCGAUUGGCCGAAGAGAUGAAGGACGGAACUGACGGCGUGCAGCUGCUGGAUGUUUAUGACCUGCUGCUGUUCGAUAACCCCGACGGCGGCGCCUGGAAACAAGGCUUUGAGAUCAGUUACCACGGCAACGAGUGGGACAAGCAGCCGCUGGAGCUCUUCCUGGUUCCUCACUCGCACAACGACCCUGGCUGGUUGAAGACGUUUGACAGUUACUAUCAGGAUCAGACGAAACACAUCCUCAACAACAUGCUGAUCAAACUGUCAGAGGACAGCAGGAGGAAGAUGAUCUGGGCGGAGGUCAGUUAUUUCUCUAAAUGGUGGAACGACAUCGACGAGCAGAAGAGAGAAAUGGUCAAACGCCUGGUGGGGGCGGGGCAGUUGGAGCUGGUGACGGGCGGCUGGGUGAUGGCGGACGAGGCGAACUCGCAUUACUUCGCUCUGCUCGAUCAGCUGAUGGAGGGACACCAGUGGCUGCAGCGACACCUCGGUGUGAAGCCGAGCAGCGGCUGGGCGGUGGAUCCCUUUGGCCACUCCCCCUCCAUGACCUACCUGCUGAAGGGGGCGGGGCUUAGCAACAUGGUCAUCCAGCGCGUUCACUACGCCGUCAAGAAGCAGUUUGCUCGGCAACAGACGCUCGAGUUUCUAUGGCGACAGAGCUGGGACUCCUCCUCCCGCAGUGACAUCACGUGUCACAUGAUGCCGUUCUACAGCUACGACGUGCCGCACACGUGCGGUCCGAACCCGGCGGUCUGUUGUCAGUUCGACUUCCACCGCCUGCCGGGGGGGCGGGUCUUCUGUCCCUGGAGGGUACCGCCUCAGCCAAUCACAGAGCAGAACGUCCAGGAGAGAGCUCUCCUCCUAUUGGAUCAGUACCGUCAGAAGUCCCGCCUCUUCCGCUCUCCGGUGCUCCUCGUUCCCCUCGGUGACGACUUUCGAUUCGUGGAGUCUAACGAGUGGGACGCUCAGUUCAGCAACUACCAGAAACUGUUCGACUACUUCGACCAGCAUCCAGAGCUCCACAUCAAGGCUCGUUUCGGGACUCUGUCAGAUUACUUCGAGGCUCUGCGGCGGCGGCUGAAUGCGGCGGAAACGAGUCUGCCGACGCUGCGCGGCGACUUCUUCACGUACGCCGACCGUGACGACCACUACUGGAGCGGAUACUUCACCUCCAGACCGUUCUACAAGAGACUGGACCGCACGCUGGAGGCCACGCUGAGAGCGACUGAAAUCCUCUUCAGCCUCACAUUGGCUGAAAUGCGUCGUUUCCGUGGCGAUGGUCGUCUGGUUGCAGAUUUCCCGGCACGUGAACACUUCAGGCAUCUGACGGCGGGGAGGCGGAGCCUGGCGCUGUUCCAGCACCAUGACGCCGUCACCGGCACCGCCCGCGACCCCGUGGUGGUCGACUACGGCACCAGGUUGUUUCACUCGAUCCUGAACCUGCGCCGGGUGCUGCAGAGCUCCGCCCACUGGCUGCUCCUAUUGGACAAGAGCCAGUACCACCACGACCAAUCCAAACCCUUCCUGCAAACGGAUGAUGUCAUGGCGGCGCAGGACGCUCUGCCUCAGAAGAUGUCGCUCACACUCAGCGAUGAGCCCAGGUCAUUGAUCGUCUUCAACCCGACGGAGCAGCUUCGUACGUCCGUCGUCAGCGUCAUCGUGGACUCUCCGGACGCUCGAGUGGUCGACGCGGAAACGGGUCGGCCGAUGUCAGCGCAGAUCUCUGCGGUGUGGGCGGAGCCAAGCAGAGCGUCUACGGAAGCUUUCCAGCUCUCCUUCGUGGCUGAACUUCCUCCUCUGGCGCUCGUUGUGUUUCAUGUGACCAAAACUUCAGCUGGCUCCGCCCACCGCGCUCGGUAUACCGUCCUUCACGGCGGCGGGCCGCCGAGCGUCCACGCCGAGCACUUCCAGGUGUCCCGCCCCCAAGGAGCUGAGGCCGACGCCCCCCUGUCGCUUAGCAACAAGCACGUUGAAAUAUGGAGCUCCGCCCAGACCGGCCUGCUGCAGAAGCUGCGUCUGCAGUCCGGUCCGGUCCGGCAGCUCCAGGUCCAGUUCUUGUGGUACGGAACCAGAACCGGAGCGAACCGGGACAAGAGCGGAGCGUACCUGUUCCUGCCGGGGGAGGAGGGGGCCCAGCUCUACUCGCCCUCGGAGCCCCCCCUGAUCCGGGUCUCCAGAGGUCCGGUCUUCUCUGACAUCACUUCCUGUUUCCGACACUUCACGCACACGGUCCGACUCUUCCACGUGGACGGGCAUGCUGGGAGAUCCCUGGAGAUUUCCAACAUGGUGGACAUCAGGUCAGAGGGCAACCGUGAACUCGUCAUGCGGCUCGUCAGUGACGUUGCCAACGGCAACCGUUUCUACACCGACCUCAACAGCUUCCAGAUGCAGCAGCGGCGGACUCUGGCGAAGCUCCCCCUGCAGGCCAACUUCUACCCGAUGACCUCGGCGGCGUUCGUGCAGGACGCGGCAUCGCGUCUGACGCUGCUGGCGGCUCAGAGUCAGGCCGUCGCAGCGCUGCGGCCAGGAGAGCUGGAGGUGGUGUUGGACCGCCGGCUGCAGCAGGACGACAACCGUGGCCUCGGACAGGGCGUCACCGACAACAAGCUGACGGCGAGUCUCUACCACCUGCUGCUGGAGGACCGGAGGGGCGGGGCCCAGGAAGUGGGAGGAGCCUCAGUUGAACACCUGUCCCUGCUCGCCCACCUGACCUCGCUCUCCCUCUGCCACCCACCAAUCACCAUGGUCACCCCUGGCAACAGCCAACUGCCAAAGCUCCACCCCUUCCGGCCGCUCCGCUCAUCGCUGCCGUGUGACGUCCACCUGCUGAACCUGAGGACACUGGAGGACCCGCAGGAAGCAGAAAGUCCGUCACAGGAAGUGGCUCUCCUGCUCCACAGGAAGGGCUUCGACUGUAGCUCUGCCCCCGAGCCGCCGCCGCCGUGCACGUGGAGCGCGCACGAGGAGGUGAACCUGGACGAUCUUUUCUCUCCUCUUCCACUGCGUUCGGUCCGUCGGUCGGGUCUCACUCUGCUGCGUGACGAUGAUGAGCCGGAGUCCGCCCGGCAACAGCAGCCGCCACGCAUCACUCGUCUGCGGCCAAUGGAAAUCAGCGCUUUCCGUGUGGAGAUCGACUGAAGAACGAGAGAAAAGAAGCGACGUUUGAAUCCAAAGAUGUUUUUAGAUCUCAGAAUGUACAGAAACAAACAACUCAAUGAAAGAGUUAAAGGUGAUGACGCAUUUCAAAUGAAAAUGAAGUAAAAUGAGAAUCAAACUUCACGUUAUCAGUAAAAACCAGAUGAAAAUAAUCACCAUGGAGACGAUGUUAAUCCUGGAAAACAAAUAAAAAGGGAAGAUUAUAAAACCACUAAGAGAAGAACAGACUGAAUACAC